UAUAUUAUAACCACCCCUUUCUAAAUUCUCAAUCCUUCAUUUUCUUCUUUCUCUCUCUCUCUCUCUCUCUCUCUCUUUUUUUUGCCCUAUCUCAUAGGGUUUCACUUCUCUUCUCCGUUUUCCCUUUUCUCUCAUGCUUUUUUGCUCUCUACAGUUCUUAUUUAUAUUCACCUUCUUCUUCUCCUUUUUCACUCUCUUUCGAGGGUUCUUUUGUCGUCAACGGUUCAUAUUUUACUUUCGCUGGUUUUUGAAGCUGUACCCAUGUCUAAAGUUUUCGGCUUUACUGGAAGUGAUGAUUUUUGUGCUGGGAGGUCCAUGUACCUUAAUCCAAAGGAAGCAGGUCUCUUCUUGUCUCUUGGCCUUCAAGAAUAUGCUUACUUGCCUAAUCAGAAGAGAUCUCGCAUCAGCGUUCCAUUUGAUUUCAGCGGAGAAUGGAUUGAGCAGAAGCCGGAGACAUCCAUUGAAACAUUACCGGAUGAAUGCCUCUUUGAGAUCCUUAGAAGGUUGCCUGCAGGAAAAGAUAGGAGUUUAUGCGCUUCUGUAUCUAAGCGCUGGCUUAUGCUUCUAAGCAACAUUUGUAAGGAUGAAAUCUGUAGCAACAUAAGUACUGGAAAUGGAAACGAGGAUGGUGAUGAUCAAGACUUUGGCGAUGAAGGGUAUCUUUCUCGAAACUUGGAGGGAAAAAAGGUAACCGAUGUUAGACUAGCUGCCAUUGCUGUUGGUACAGCAUCUCGAGGAGGAUUAGGGAAGCUUUCAAUUCAUGGAAGCAAUUUGGAUCGUCCGUUGACUGACAUAGGUCUCAAGGCAGUUGCCCAUGGCUGCCCUUCUCUUAAGAUUUUCAAUCUUUGGGAUGUUGCUACCAUUAGUGACGAAGGCCUGAUUGAGAUUGCUAAAGGCUGUCACCAGUUAGAAAAGCUUGAUCUUUGCAAGUUGCCCACAAUUUCUGACAAGGCUUUAGUUGCAGUAGCAAAAAACUGCCUGAAACUGAUUGAGUUAUCGAUAGACUCGUGUCCUAAUAUUGGUAAUGAAGGUCUACAGGCUAUUGGGAAGUGGUGUCCCAAUAUAAGGUCUAUAACGAUUAAAAACUGUCACGGAGUUGGUGAUCAGGGAAUUGCUAGCCUGAUAUCUUCAGCAUCCUUUGGUCUAACAAAGUUGACACUUGAUUCGCUAGUUGUUUCUGAUUUCUCACUAGCAGCUAUCGGACAUUAUGGCUUUGCUGUUACUGACCUUGUCCUAAAUUCCCUCCCAAAUGUCACCGAGAAGGGAUUCUGGGUUAUGGGUAGUGGCCAAGGACUGCAGAAACUGACAUCACUCACAGUUGAUUUCUGCCCCGGAGUAACAGAUACCGGACUUGAAGCUAUAGGAAAGGGUUGUCCAAAUGUGAAAAACUUUCAGCUUCACAGGUGUGCGUUUCUGUCGGACAAUGGGUUGGUAUCAUUCACCAAGGCUGCUCCAUCAAUUGAGAGGCUACAAUUGGAAGAGUGCCACAGGGUUACCCAAUUUGGGCUUUUCGGUGUCCUUUUUAACUGUGGAGCAAAAUUGAAGGCUCUUACUUUGAUAAGAUGCUAUGGGAUCAAAGAUUUGAAUCUGGAAUUUCCAGCAGUAUCUCCUUGCAAAUCAGUAUUGUCAUUAUCAAUCCGUAAAUGCCCUGGAGUUGGUAAUUCUACUCUUGCUGUCCUUGGGAAGCUCUGUCCUCUGCUUCAGCAUCUUGAAUUGAUUGGACUCGAGGGAAUAACAGACGCAGGGUUUCUUUCGCUGCUUGAGAGGUCAAAGGCCAGUUUGUCUAAUGUUAAUCUAAGUGGUUGCAUUAAUCUCACAGAUGCAGGAGUUUUGCCCAUGGUCAAGUUGCACGGAUCGACUCUUGGUGUGCUGAACCUCAAUUGUUGUAAAAAAGUCGGUGAUACUAGCUUGACUGCAAUUGCAGGCAAUUGUCCAUUGCUCAGUGAUCUUGAUGUUUCCAGGUGCGCAAUUUCUGAUGCAGGGAUUGCUGCCCUUGCUCGCGGGAUCCUGCUCAAUUUAGAGGUGCUUUGUUUGGCAGGUUGCUCAUUGGUUUCAAACAAGAGCUUGAGCGCUUUGAAAAAAUUGGGUCAUUCCCUCGAGGGAUUAAAUAUAAAAAAUUGCAAGUCAAUCAGCAGCCGUACAGUCGACAAGCUUGUGGAACAUCUGUGGAUGUGUGACAUCCUCUACUAAGCAGGUAGUCUUGAUCUAUGUUGCAAAUCUGAGUAGCAAGUGCACCAGAUUUUGUUUGCGCGGUAGUGUUUUUGGGUCCAUUGGUUAUGAUGGGUCUUGGUCAUCAUCGCAGUACUCGGUUCUCUUUUUCCGGAAAAUACAGUUGUUCAAUCUUUGUUUUUACAGGUUUCCUUUUAAUUGGAAGGUAAUCUGUUGGAAGUUUUUUUGGCAUCCUUUUGAUGGGGUGCCACUUUUCGAAUGACCGUAUAUCUCUGAGAACACAUUUACCGGGUUCUGGAUUUAGGUUUCUUUGUUUCUAGUGUUGGCACCUGAUGUUUUUAGCUCUGCUCUGUAUCGGUUUUGCCACCAUAUAUUAUCGGUCCUGUUUCUUUGCAGCAAUCUGUACCAAAGUUUGUCCAGAGUGGUGUUUAUGUUUACUCGAUUUUUUGCGUAUUUGAACUAUGUCCUGUACGCGAAGAUUCGGGUCACAGAUUUAGUCAAGGGGCACGUUGAAGUUCCAGCUUAUGUUAUGUUGGUUACUAUUGACAGUUCAGUUAUUUGAGGCCUUUUGUGUUCUCUAGGGCUUUGGUUAUGGCAGCAAGUUAUUAUACAAGUCUGUCAUGACAAUCUUUUUCCUUUGGGAAGGAUUGUUUUUUUCUACCAAGCCCUUGUUUUUUAGGCUUCAUUUUUUCUGAACUUGUUAUUGCAACUUCUUCAUAUUAUAUUAUAUGUAUAAUGAUACUGAUAUCUGCCCUUUGUACUGAAUGGUAGUAGUUGUUAUUUUAUGAAAGUUAAUGAAUAAUGAUUUGUACUUUGUUGUCUCA